CGCGUGUGUGCCGCCGGGGGCUUUUCUUUUGUUAAAAAAGUUACUUUUGUGCUGAAAAGACUAGUCCAUAAGAUAACAGUUACUUAAUACUGAAAGCCCCUCAACCAUGUCAUCAGACUUGACAUCAUCAGUGACACUGCAACCAGCUGCUGUGCCAGUGUUAAGCCUGACAGAACCCUUGGUGGGCCCGCUGCGUGCACAGGCAGCUCAUGAGCCCUUGUUACCAAUCUACUGCCUUAUUUGCAAUGCACAAGGAUUGGAGCAUGUUUACUGGAACAUCCAGGUAUCAUACACAAACACUACCAACACAGUGCUGGCUGACAAGAUGCUGGAAUGUGUCCAGAGUGGCCUGCGAGCCUCCGAGCUGGCGCGUCACUCUGAGUAUGUGUGCAGCAGCUGUGCUGCUCAGCUGAAUCUGAUCGAUGAGUACGAGUCGGCGCUGGUGCGAGCUCGUUCCGAGCUGAAGCAGAAGUUCUGGCAGACGUUUAUCGCGCGUGGUCAGAUCUCUGUGUCCGAUGACCCGCGCGUGCCCGAUGUGGGGCCUGACCUGGCUCCGGCGCCCCGGAGCGUGCCACGGUCGGAGGUCAGCCCGCGGCGCCGGCCGCCGCCGCCGGCCGACCCCUGUCCCACAGAGACCGUGAAGGUGGAGUCCGUGAAGCAGCUCACCGCCGACGAGCCCAAGGAGGAACAGAUGGAGAAAGUGGAGUCAGCAGAGGAGACCACAAGCGAGCGCCGUGUUUCUGAGACGGACCGCGACCAAAGCGGGGCGAUCGGUGACCAGGACGACCCGGCAACCUCCAACGCCGAUGGACACGAGCCGGAAAAGACCGACACUGGACAAAAGCCGAGCGGCGGCCAUUCUAAGGGGCGCACGGACUGGACAGAGGUGGACAAACACUACCGAAAGGUCAGCGACCCGGACGGCGCAGAGCGCUUCCAGUGCAUCGUCUGCUUCUCCAACAUCAAGGACCGCAAGGAGGUGCGGAAGCACGUUCGCCGCCACCUUGGCCUCAUCAAGCUGCUCAAGUGUGGGUUCUGCGACUACCACUGCUACCGGCCCAGUAAUCUGGCCAUCCACGAGAGGAGGCACACCGGCGAGCGGCCGUUCACCUGCGAGAUGUGUGGCGCCGGCUUCAAGUCCAACGACAGUCUGACGGUGCACCGGCGGACGCACACUGGCGAACGGCCGUACCAGUGCGACCACUGUCAGAAGCGCUUCACCCAACACUCAUCGCUGCAGAUUCACAAACAGGUUCAUUCGGGCCAGAAGCGGCACAUCUGCGACUACUGCGGAAAGAGUUUCACCCAGCUCGGGAAUCUCAAGUGUCACCGUCGGGUCCACACGGGCGAGACGCCCUACUCCUGCCAGACCUGCGACCGCCAGUUCCGCUCCGACUACCAUCUCAAGGUACACCAGAUCGAACACACGGGUCGGCGGCCGCACCUAUGCCAGGUCUGCGGACUUGGCUUCCUCACCGCACACAAGCUCAAACUGCACAUGGCCACACACACUGGAAACAAGAUUGGUUACUCGUGCGACGUUUGCGACAAGAAGUUAGCCACCCGCAGAUCGCUGAGGAACCACAAGCGAAUUCACACGGGCGAGCGGCCGUUCCCGUGCGCCACCUGCUCGGCCCGUUUCCGCACGGAGCCGCUGCUGCGAGCCCACCGGCGUCACUGCGCAGCGAACGCUGUCCUCGUCUUGUCACCCCCGCCGCCCGUCACCGAGCCGUGCCAACGGUAACAGCGACCGGGGAGGCGGGGCCAUCGCGAGAGGGUGUUCAACAUGAGGUCUGCCAUUACGGAUAUAGUUUGUGUGUUGAAGACACUUUUGACAUCGAAAGGCUUGACUUGGUGACUUGAUUUACGCGGUACUGUGUUAUUUAUUUAUGUGGGAAUAUGUAGUGGCUCUCUCCGGUAUAGAAGGCGAUGAUAUAGUAGGUAAGCGGAGUCUGAUACAGAUAAACCAGCCUGUUGAAAGAAGCAAAAUUGACAUUUUUCCGGGGAGCGUGCUCGAGAGGAAAGAUUGCAUCACUGCAACGUAAAAUAUCUCCAUACAGCUAAUUUUGAUUUUUACCUAGACUAAAGAAAACAUCUCCUUUUAUAACGGUUCCAAUUUGGUGCUUACGUGAAUUAUAAUAAUAAUUAAUAACCAAUCAUUGCAUCCAUAUUAUGAAGCCCAACUUCGACUUUACCGCCGUCUGUCGCUUGUAUCCGCCACGGUAUGCAAUUGAUUGCGUCGCCAUAAACAUUGUUAUGCGCCGGAGAAAUGCUUCUUGUCUCUGGGAGACUAUUGGGGCGGGAAGUGCCUUGACUUGUGCCUUGGACUACGUGCGAUGCGACUCUUGUUGUGGCUGGGCUGCUGGAAAUGUGAAACAGCGCGUAAGAACAAGACUUGGCCCAAUGGGGCUAGCCAUUUUUCUUCGCUCAAAACAAUGUAUUUUGGAGUCUUGGGCUAAUUGGGCAUUAGCACAUCAAGAGAAAGGGUGCCCAUCAGCGUGUCUUGUUCGAUCGUCAUCUGUUGUCCGUAUGGAGGCAGUUCCUCCAUGGCCUCGCUUCCACCGUGUUAGUUUGGCAUGCGGUGUUACGGCUUAGCCAGCUGCGAAUGUCUCAUUGGCUUGGCUCAUGUAUUUUUUAUGAUAAUUGAUCAUGCCAUGCGUAGUUUCAUGAGAUUGUGAUGGACAGUAGCGGCGGAACACCUUCAAUUAAGGGGGGGGGGGGGGGGGGGCACUGCCGACUUUUGAUCCCAUUCUUUCCGUGCAACGCCCAUAGGGCUAAUGUUAAAAUGCCAAAAUCAAAGGGGGCACGGUGCCCUCCCCGUUCCGCCGCCUAUGGUAAUGGAUGCUGACGCCGUCAUUUUAGAGCUAAACGGCGUCCAUCAAACAUUGAUUUGUCAUUAACUUGACUGCGUUGGCAUCUGCUGAUAGUGUUGUUUUACUGACCAUUGUAUGUAAACGUGUAUAGAUCUCUUUUUGUUCGCGCCUACGGAAGUUUGUACACAUUGAAGCUCAGCUGAUCAUCAUCUCGUUUUUCAUCUUUUAUUAUUAUUUAAUAAAGAAGUGUACGGACGAUAACA